AUGAGGUUUUCCACGGUGACUGGCGUCUCCCUGAUGUCGGGGUCCGCCUUGGCCAGUAUCCCACACAUUGAGAUCAAGGGCUCUAAGUUUUUCUACUCCAACAACGGAACUGAAUUUUAUAUCCGAGGUGUAGCCUAUCAGGAGGAUUAUACUGGUGGCGGAGCUGGUGGAAACGGUCAAUCCAGCAACAGCUACGUCGACCCUCUAGCAGACGCGUCCAGAUGCGAGCGUGACAUCCCCUAUCUCCAGCAAUUGCGGACGAACGUCAUCCGGACCUACGCGGUCGACCCGACCCAGAAUCAUGACGACUGUAUGCAAAAUCUAGCCGAUGCAGGAAUCUAUGUCAUCACCGAUCUGGCAUCUCCCGAGGAAUCGAUCACGACGGAUUCGCCCGAGUGGACAGUCGACCAGUACACUCGCUACACCAGCGUCAUUGACGCAUUCCACCAGUAUGACAACGUCAUUGGUUUCUUUGCCGGAAAUGAGGUAGUCAAUAGGGCGAACGAGUCUGCCGGCGCGGCCUUCGUCAAGGCUGCUGCAAGAGAUAUGAAAGCCUACAUCAAAGACCAGGGAUACCGGGAGUCCCUUGGUAUUGGAUAUGCGACGACCGACAACCCGGACAUUCGUGUGUCGAUCUCUGAUUAUCUCAACUGCGGCGACCAGUCCGAUUCUAUUGAUUUCUUCGGCUACAAUAUCUAUGAGUGGUGCGGUGAUAAAACCUUCCAGACCUCGGGAUAUGAGAACCGAACCGAUGAAUACAAGGACUAUUCCAUCCCCAUCUUCUUCUCCGAAUAUGGAUGCAACGAUGAGAAACCCCGCAAAUUCAGCGAUGUCCCUGUGCUCUUCGGUCCCCAGAUGGAGAAUAUCUGGAGCGGCGGUAUCGUCUACAUGUACUUCGAAGCUGAAAACGACUACGGUCUAGUUUCAGUUGACGGCAACUCUGUCAAAACUGAAGCAGAUUUCGGCUACUACUCCAAGCAAAUCCAGUCUGCCACACCUACCGGUACCAACAGUGCUAGCUACUCUCCCACCAACUCCCCCCGCGCUUGUCCCACCGUCGACGACGACAUGUGGCUCGCCAAAUCGAGCCCCCUUCCCCCAUCCCCGAACAAGGACCUUUGCUCCUGUAUGGUGUCCAGCUUGUCCUGCGUGGUCUCUGACUCCGUCAAGGCAGAAAAAUACGGCGAGCUCUUCGGCCAGGUCUGCGGAUAUGGCCAAGGUAUCUGUGACGGUAUAUCUCACAACGCUACGACCGGUGACUACGGUUCCUACAGCGUCUGCUCAAGCAAGGACCAACUGUCCUUCGUCUUUGAUCAGUAUUACAAGGACCAGGGUAAGCGGAAGUCUGCCUGUGAUUUCGACGGCGCAGCCUCUAUUCAGUCUGUCAAGGAUCUGUCUGGCACCUGCAAGUCUCUGGUCAGCCAGGCCGGCUCUGCGGGCACAGGAAAGGUCACUUCUGGUCCUACCGGUGAUGGCAGUGCAGCUAGUACCUCUACUUCUGAAGGCGCAGCUUCGGGUGUUGUGAGCCCUGUUGCUGUUCGGGUGAGUGGUUGGUUCGGUGUGGCGUACUUUGUUUCGGCGGUAGUGGCAGGUUUCUUGAUGGUCUCUCUGUAA